AUGGAGCGACGGGGCAGCGCCGAGGCCGAGAUCGCCGAGGAGCUGCCGACCCCGGAAGCUACGCCACGACCACGUAUCGUGCCAAUGAGCUAUGUGUACGAUGCUGUCGAGGCCAAGACGCUCACAGGGAUCAUCCAGCUACAGUACCUCGUGCGCAAGCAGCUCCGACGACGGAGGCGAAAGCACCGUGUCUGCCGGCGGCUCGUAGUCGCUGGUCCACCGGCCGGCGGCAAAGGAACGCUCUGCGACCGCCUCGUCGAUGCAUAUGGCGUCGUCCAUUUGUCGACAGGCGACAUCUUGCGCGCCGCCGUGCGCGCCGACUCGGCGUUGGGGCGUCAGGCCAACGCCUACAUGGUUGCUGGCGACCUCGUACCCGACAGCCUCAUGAUCUCGCUCAUCCUCGAUCGCCUGCGAGACGCCGACUGCACGUCGCGUGGCUGGCUCCUGGAUGGCUUCCCGCGCACGCAAGCCCAAGCGACCGCCAUGCUCGCCGCCGGCAUAUCGCCCGACCUCUUUGUACAGCUUAUCGUACCGGACGGCGAAGUCAUUGCGCGCAUUGCUGGUCGGCGCGUCGACGUCGAGACCAACAAGACAUACCACAUGACGUUUGACCCGCCGCCGCCGGACCGCGUGGACAAGGUUAUCCAGCGCGCCGACGACACGGAAGCCGCGAUCCGCGUCCGGCUGAACACCUUUCACCAGCACGCAACCGCUGUCGCAAAUGUCUUUGCAGCAGCCAAGACGCGCCGCUUGGACCUCGACGGCAUGGCGAUGACCAAGAACGGCAUGGUCGACGCAAUCGACGCGGCGCUAAGCGGCCCCAAGCUCGUGAUUCUCGGUCCUCCCGCGGGCGGGAAGGGCACACAGUGCGACCUCCUCGUGGCCGCCCUCGGCGUGGUGCACAUCUCAACCGGCGACAUGCUACGGGCGGCCGCCAACACGCCGUUGGGCCGCCAAGCCAAGGCGGCGAUGGACACAGGCGACCUCGUGCCCGACGAUGUCAUCAUUCGUAUGCUGCUCGAGCGCCUCGGGGCCGCCGACUGCAUCUUGCGCGGCUGGCUCCUCGACGGAUUCCCGCGCACACGAGCGCAAGUGGACGCGCUUCUCGCUCGCGGCCUCCGCCCGGACCUCGUGCUCGUACUCCACGUACCCGACGACGAGGUCGUUUCGCGCAUCGCAGGUCGCCGCAUCGAUCCGACCACAGGCGCGUCAUACCACGUCACCUUUAACCCACCGCCCAAUGGGGUCGCCGUCGUGCAGCGAGACGACGAUACGGAAGAGACGCUCCGAGUCCGGCUCCGAACGUACCACACGCACGCCGAGGCUGUUGUCGCGGCAUUUGCAGCCAAUGCCAUUCGCAUCGUCCACGUCGACGGCGUCACGAGUAGCAAAGCCGCCAUCACCGCGCAGGUCCAGUCAGCGCUCGCACCUUUACAAAACCUUGGUGUCGCCCCCGAGAAGCCAAAGCCGAAGCCCAAGUCCAAGCUCCCUACGACGACGAGCAACCCAAAGCCGCAGACGAUGCACCCUGAAAAGGCGCUGCAAGAACGACUCCAAUCGGGCCCGAUGACGCUUGCAGCACUGGACGCGAUCAUGCACGCGUCGUCCGCAGAGCUCGAAGCGUCGCGGGUCAAAGCCAUGGUCGACACGGCUGUCGCAAGUGUCCGCCACGCGCCCAAGGUCAUCUUCUUGGCGCCACCGGGCCUGUCGAUCGAACUGUAUGUGCAGUACAUCCGUGGCCUCGUGUCGGUCGUGCACUUGAACGCUGAGCAAUCGCUGUUGAAAGCGAUCCAGCGCAAGUCGGUGCUGGGCGAAAGCGCCGGCGAGUACGUGCACCGUCGGGAGCCCGUGCCCAAGGCGCUCCUUCAAGAGCUCGUGCUCACCCGCUUGGAGCGGCGCGACUGCCUCACGACCGGUUGGCUUCUCGACGGCUUUCCGCAGUCGAUCGAAGAUGCCGAGGCGCUCAUUGCUCGGGGGCUCAUUCCGCACGUGGUGUUUGUCCUGCGCACAAUGGUGGCCGACGACGAGCUCGUGCAGUGCCGCAUCGAAAACCAACUGGACCUCGAGCAAUCAGCGACGUCGCUCGAGGUCGAGGAGGAGCGCAUCCGGCUGGAGCUCCUCGCGUACCACGACCAGGUCGACGACAUUCUUAUGAGCUUUGCCGGCCGCGCCGCGGUCGUCGUGCUCCGUGAAGAGAGCGCCCUUGAGACGAUCGCGGCCACAUUGGACGCCCAAGUACCGAAAAAACCGGCAAAACCCGAAAAGCCUGUCAAGCCGGCGGGCUCAAACCCGCGUACGUGCAAGCCCAAGCGGCCGCAAGUGACGGACGCGGAUCUCGACGCCGCCGCCGCCGAGUGUAAGCAGCUGCAACUCGAAAAUGAAAAGCUCAAGCGGCGCUUCCUGGAACGCAAGCCGUCGCCACCGCAGCAGCAGAUGCUCGACAAGAACGUCGAGCUCCAGCUGCAAGCGCUCUUGUCCGAGAAGAAGAGCUUGCGCAAAGUCACGAUGCGCCAGAAAGAAAGCAUCGACGCCAACGAAUGGCACGCCAUCUUGCAAGCGUCGUUGGACGAGCUCGACCUCGUCAAGCUGCGCGUGCAGGCGUGCAAGAAGGCGCCAACGAACCAGUGCAAUGCGGACCUCACCGCCAAAGUCCACGCGCUGCAAACCCGGUACGAUGCGCUUCAAGACCAGUGGCGGGACUUGAACGAGCCGAAACGGGUGUCGCCGACCAAAAUCUCGGCGCUCGCCAAGCUCCGAAAGCGCGAAGCCGCCCUACUCAAGACCGACGAGCAGUACUACAGUGAGAAAGCGGCCCAGUUCCAACUACAUACGAGUCAGGAAGUCCAGCGCAUGCGCAGUGAAAUCGACGCGGCCAUCGUCGCCAUGGCGGCAAUGGACUCGGAGCUCCGUGCGGUGGCCGACGAAACCAAGGCGGCACAGGCCAAGCUGCCCAAGAUCCCACUUCCCCAGCUCAAGCUGCCCAAAUGCAAGCCGGUGCCCGAGACCACCGCGCCCACGUCGUUGCCGCGACUGGAAAAGCCUCAAACAAGCGACAAAUCAGCAAAAGAGCCGCGUCGAAAACCCCACACUACGUCGCGGGUGUGA